CCAGUGGGGGUGCUGAGCUGGAAAACCGAGACCCGGCCCUCCGGGUGGCCGCGCUCCUUGUGGGCGGUCUGAAACCUUAGCCUGCGUUUGGGAUGUUCGAUGCACGGUAUAAACAAGGACUUAGACGCUCGGGCUCUGGGCCUCCCGCAGAGGAGUGCAGACUGACGCCACUGCACGCAGGAUGUGAUGUCAGAAUGCACAGGACGCUCAUUCAAUAAACAUUUACCAAGCGUCUACUUCGUGCCGUACACCGAGCUAGUAGAUUUACAAAAAGCCACCCUUGGCUCCAAGGAGCUCAGUAGAGGAGGAAAGAUAGUCGAACAAUUGGCUCCGAUAUUUAACUGCGCGACGAAUGAAGUGGGUGAGGGGAGCAGGGUUGCUCAAAAAAGGGAGAAGCAAAUUUUAGUGUUGGAGUGUCAGAAAAGUCACCAUAAAGAGUUUAGGGGCUGAUCUUGGAAAACAGGCUCUUCAGUAGACUGGGAGAGCAAAAGGUCACUCAAAUAUUUGUUGGAUGAAUAAAUUUCAGGCAAGCGUCGAAGUAUGGAAGUGGACGCAGAAGGAUGGCAAAUAAUUGUGUAACUGGACUAGUUCAUGGCCGACCUCGACCCAGCGUCAAAUUCUAAAGAAACGUAAAUCUGACAUCCAUAAAGCCUUGACAAAAUAACUAAAGCUGUGGGAAACCGAAAGAGAGGGAGUUAGCAAAACGCUCUAAAGAUCUUAGCCCAUUUAUCUCUCCCAAGUCCCUUUUACUCUGACAGCUGCUUCUCUCAAGUCUCUGCUCUCUUAAACUGACCCUAUUACCACCUCCAUUCCCCCCACAAAAAAAAUUACUCUGUGGGAACUGGCCUCUCUCCACCCUCCCUUGCCACUCAGGUUUUCACCUCCCAUCUUCUUUCAAAUCUAUUCAAAUCAAUCCCUUCCUUCCCGUCGUCCUUUUCUUUCUGUUUUUGUGGGAGUAGGGGUGGUGCCAAUUAUGUUCAAACAUUACCCAAUUAGCACGUCAAAGGAUCCUACUCAGAAAGCAAGAGAGACUGAACACAUGUAUACAAACACGUUUUGUUCUUCCACAAUAGCCAAUAUUUAUUGUUAACUCUAAACCAGGCAGUAUGCUUGGCAGUUUAUAUGCUAUUAUCUCCUUGUGAUAAGAAUUAUUUUUCAUCAUCAUUUGACGGUUGAAAAAACUUACCCAAUGCCUCAAAGCUGGAAUGUAGCACAGUCAGGUCUGACUGCAGGGCUAGUGAAACAGAAAGAGGCCAGAUCUUGCAGGACUUUGUAUGUCAUGUUCAAAGUUUUGACUUUAUCCUACAUGAAAUGGAUAGCCUUUUAGGGAUGUUGGACAGGAGAAUAGCGUGAUGAGAUUUGCCUUUUAGAAAAGUCACUCACUCACUCAUACUUUAGAAAAGUAUGUAUCAAGAAUAGAUUA